CCCCCCUCCCGCCAUCACCACAGCGGUCGCCGCCCCUCACCGCAGCCCCAGGCCGCGCCCGGACUGCGGCCGCUCCGACCCCGCCUGCGGCCCAGGUUUUACCAAGAGACAGUACAUCUAACACUUAACUUGGAUCAUCAGCUUCAAAAUCAGAACAGCCCCCAAAACUGACAUCUGAUCUGAAAGAAAAAGCUGUGACAAAUGGACAAUAUGUCUAUUACUAACACACCAACAAGUAAUGAUGCUUGUCUGAGCAUUGUUCACAGCUUGAUGUGCCAUCGACAAGGUGGAGAGAGUGAAACUUUUGCAAAACGCGCAAUUGAAAGUUUAGUUAAAAAGCUAAAGGAGAAAAAAGAUGAAUUGGAUUCUUUGAUUACAGCUAUAACCACAAAUGGAGCUCAUCCUAGCAAGUGUGUUACAAUACAGAGAACGCUGGAUGGGAGGCUUCAGGUGGCUGGUCGCAAGGGAUUCCCUCAUGUGAUUUAUGCUCGUCUUUGGAGGUGGCCUGAUCUUCAUAAAAAUGAACUCAAGCAUGUUAAAUAUUGUCAGUAUGCUUUUGACUUAAAAUGUGACAGUGUCUGUGUAAAUCCUUACCAUUAUGAGCGUGUAGUAUCGCCUGGCAUUGAUCUCUCAGGACUGACACUACAGAGUUCUGCUCCAUCAAGCAUGCUGGUGAAAGACGAAUACGUUCAUGACUAUGAGGGGCAGCCAUCACUGUCUUCUGCAGAAGGCCAUUCAGUCCAGACCAUCCAGCAUCCACCAAGUAACAGGGCAUCUAAUGAGCCUUAUAGCACCCCAGCCAUGUUAGCUCCUACUGAGGCUAGCACUACCAGCACCACUAAUUUUCCCAACAUUCCUGUGGCUUCAACAAGUCAACCUACCAGUAUAUUGACAGGUAGCCAUAGUGAUGGACUCUUACAGAUUGCUUCAGGGCCUCAGCCAGGAACUCAGCAGAAUGGGUUUACAGCUCAGCCAGCUACUUACCAUCACAAUAGUACUACAACUUGGACCGGAAGUCGGACAGCAGCCUACACACCUACCAUACCUCACCACCAGAAUGGCCAUCUUCAGCAUCAUCCACCUAUGCAUCCUGGACAUUACUGGCCAGUUCACAAUGAACUUGCAUUCCAGCCUCCUAUAUCAAAUCAUCCUGCUCCAGAAUAUUGGUGUUCAAUCGCUUAUUUUGAAAUGGACGUGCAAGUUGGGGAAACAUUUAAGGUCCCUUCAAGCUGUCCGAUUGUGACUGUUGAUGGAUAUGUGGAUCCUUCUGGAGGAGAUCGCUUUUGCCUGGGCCAGCUUUCCAACGUGCAUAGAACAGAAGCCAUUGAGAGAGCAAGGUUGCACAUAGGUAAGGGAGUGCAGCUGGAGUGCAAAGGGGAAGGUGACGUGUGGGUUAGAUGCCUCAGUGACCACGCGGUCUUCGUCCAGAGUUACUACCUGGAUAGAGAAGCAGGGCGUGCUCCAGGGGAUGCUGUUCACAAGAUUUACCCAAGUGCAUAUAUAAAGGUGUUUGACUUGCGCCAGUGCCAUCGUCAGAUGCAACAGCAGGCUGCCACUGCCCAAGCUGCUGCUGCCGCUCAGGCUGCAGCGGUAGCAGGAAACAUCCCUGGACCAGGUUCAGUAGGUGGAAUAGCCCCAGCCAUUAGUUUGUCAGCUGCUGCUGGAAUUGGUGUAGAUGAUCUUCGCCGCUUAUGCAUACUCAGGAUGAGUUUUGUGAAAGGUUGGGGACCUGAUUACCCAAGGCAGAGCAUCAAAGAGACACCGUGCUGGAUUGAAAUUCACUUACACCGUGCGCUCCAGCUUCUAGAUGAAGUACUUCAUACCAUGCCUAUUGCAGACCCACAACCUUUAGACUGAGAUCCUUGUGCUGCACUGCUGUGGGCCAUUAUAUUGUGAGGAUGGUGGAUUGUAAAAUACAAUUCUGUUUAUAACCUGAAGAUAUAUUUUACUUUUGUUCUGCUUAAUCUUCUUAAAACAGGUUUUAAAAAUGCGUUUGCCGCCUUGCUCUUAGCAGAAAGAAACUGAACAUGCGGAAUUUGAAUUUCAGUUAUUUUCAGAACUUAAAUGUUGUAAUACAGGGCUUAAAGUGAAAGGUAAAUGCCUUAUAGAGACUUCACAGUGUUGGGUUUGUUCCCUGCGAAAAUUUUCCUUCUCUAUUGUGGCAUCUUGGUGAUAAGCCUCACAGGAGCCUUUUGUAUGCAGAAUAUAUAUUAUAUAUAUAUUUAUAUCUGAAAAUUCCUUCUAGUAGUUACAAGCAUUUACCUUAUAGCAGCUUUACAAUUCAGACUGAUUUGUGGUGUUCUUUUUAGGGAACAAUGGUUAACAGAAGACUUCUUUAUUUUGUUGACUAUCUUAUGAUUUUUCCAGAUUAAAACAUAGAAGCUGCCAAAAAUUGAGGGAUGAGACAUACGUUGUUGGCAUUGAUCUGAAAUACCAAGGAAAAGAAACGUGGCUUUUCCUUCACUAGUUUUUAAAAAAGAUAUCUUUAGAUUUUUAUUUAUAUUGACACAUGAGUUUUAAAACACUAAAGGAAAUGGAUACUUUCAGUGCUGGCACUCAGACCUAACAUGAAAUACCCAGUCUCCCACUGAAGUUGCCACUGAAAUUGCAUAUCGAGUACCUAAUGGCAGGAACAUAUUUUCAUAAUUACUACUGACUUCUGUGAUUUUACUCAAGUAAAACCUGGCAGGUAUUUUAAAAAGUUGCAUGAUUCUUUUUACUUGCAUAUACCAUUAAAUCAUGUAUAAUAAUAACACAUCAAUAUUUAGGAUUUGGUUUUUUGUAUCUGUUCACCAUUUACACUCAGGGCAAGAUGGCAAACUUGUUUUUAUACCUCUCGGUUAUUUUAAGCCCUAUGCCAUCAAUGACCGUAUCAAUUGGCAAUGACUUUGUAUAGAGAAUUUACAGUAGAAAAAAACCUGCAAAUGUAUUGACUGUAUGACAGAUACAAUAUGUAUGCUUUCUCUCUAGCUAAUAGUAUAAAUAAAAUUAUGAAAACCCUGAUUUUUAUAAAUUUAAUUUGCUUCUGUUAUGUAAUUUUGCACCAUGAAAUCAUUGAUCUGGAGUGAUGAAUUAAUGUCCUUUGCAAGAUGAGCAGCAGCAGCCAGUAGUGGUAGGAAUUUUUCUUGGCCAUGAAGCCAGUCCAGUUUUUCUUCCUUUCACUGCUUCUCGAUGGAAGUGUGUCCUGAGGGUAUGUGCUUUGGCUCUUUGAUGGGGCAUGAGGAGAGAGCAGGAAUUCCUUAUUUUCUCCCAUGUAUGUGUAGAGAGCUCAGUUAAGCAGGCUUAGAAGUACGUAGACUCCAGCUUAAAUCUCUCAAGCCAUGCCUGUUUGGUCUGCCUGUCAUGCUGUUCUGAGCCGACCUGGCAGCACAGCUGUAGUGGUUAACAUAAGUAGAAGACUUGGAAGAGAUUAUUCGGAAGCUUUUUGCCAAGUUUCUUGCAUAGUUUCAGGAAUCUGCUUAGGGCUGUGACACACAGUGCUUAGGUGCUGCUUUCCCCGUGUGCUGACAUUCUUAGGAAGGCAGUCAGCAGUCACUGUUUCUGUCUUAGCAACAGCCAGAAAUGGAUGAGUUUUCUCUGUAUUUUCAUUAACAGUGUUGCCUUCUUCAGACUUGCCUCUAAUGAGAUCAUUGUUGGGUGGGUUUUUUCACCUCUUUGCAGCAACUUCUUGGUGUUUGGAAAAACAGUGUUUGCUUUUCUCAAGGCUUUCGGUUUAAAACCUUUUUCAUUUCUCUUUCUUAAUGAUGCAGUUUGUCUGAAAAGCAAGCUUCUUGAAGAGCACUGUGAUUAGAGGCUUCUGACUACAUCCUCAGAGAAGCUUAUUAACCUGCAGCUCAGUAACACUUCAUCCACAACUGAAAACUUGAUCUGGGGGAAGAAAUGAAAAUCUGACCACACAUUCUUCUUGCCAGCCUCCCCUUUGAAUUGCCAGUCCUGCUCUUACAGUGGGGUUCGAGAUUCCUCAGGUUUUGGGAAGUGCCUUCUGUCUGAUCAAUUUCUUGUAAUAGACCGUUUGUUUGGUUAGGAGGCCAUGUGCUUAUGCUCUGUUUAACUUAGUGGUUUUCCAAGGUGCUCAUCUUGGUGGAUGACUGAUCUGUGUAUGGCUACUUCACAGAAAACCUUUUGUACCAGUUGCUCUCAUUUUGAUUGUGCCAAAUUUUGAUAAAACUGGGAAAGGUUGUUGAUUUUCUUGCCUCUAUUACAGUCGGAAAGAAUUCAGCUGUUAAAGAGUACUUCUCUUUUUGCAGAUGUUUUUCAAAUCUCCUUAAGCCUCUACCUGCAGUGAAUGGUACCCCUGGUGUUGUAUUUAGAUGGCCAGGAAUGUUCAGGAUAGAGCAACAAAAUAAUGUCAUAUGAGUUUAUUGGAACCAAGAAAUCAGGCUCCACAUGAGAAACCUGAACAUCGUGUAAGUAAGUCAGUAAAGAUACUGAAAUGGCAUUCAUCUUCUCCAGCAGGCCAUUACUGAUAAGGUGCAGCUGUAACUGUUGAAGGGCAAAAUGAGAGACAUAGUUUUUAAUACACCUUUAAUGUAAUUUCUGUGCUUUUAUUUCUUACCACGAGGCAUAGAAGGCAGCACAUAGCGAAUUGGAAACCCUUCAGCAGCAACACAUUGAAUCUCUGACAGUCCUGCGUUUACAUCUCUUUCUCAGAUUCAAGGAAGAGCUACAGCUCCUUGACAGCCGUGACGGUCCCCAUACGUGCCGUAGGCAGGGAUGUCGGAGUCGCAUCUCUUCAGCUCUGAAUGUCUCAGGUUCAGUGAGCUCAACAAGUACAUUUUUCAACCAGCAGUCUCCUGCUUGUGAUCCUGUGCCUGUGCCUGCUCUGCUGACUUCUCUCGGUGAAGUAAUCACCCCUGUGCUUCUCACCCUCACUUACGUGCUCCUCAAGCCCAGCAUUGUGCGUGGGGCACUGUGUAAUUUCACUGAAGAGCUGCGAUUAGCACCGGAAGCUUUAGCCGGCUUUAGCCGUGUUAUUGUAAGCGGUGUUAUUGUGUGUUAUUGAAAGCGAGGGCGUUUGAAGUUAACACAGAGUAGAGGUGUAGGAGAGGAAGCCUUUUAUGCUGGAAUGGUUUUAAGUUACUCAGUUCUAACAGGAACACUAACUGGACUCCCCUCUGUGAUACAAAUCACUUCAUUAACAGCUUAUGCCUACAGGAGACCGGGGAAGAGCUCUGGCUGCUUUAUAGAUGGAGACCUCAAGUACAGAGGAGACAAGACAGUCUCUCCCAGCCACAGAACAGGUCUGUAGCAGCAGUAGUCAUUGAACCUGUGUCCAACUCCUGUGCCUUACCUUUGAGACCAUCUUCUUGUGACACUUCCAACGACGACAGCAUCCUCUCUGCGUAGCUCAGGAAUGACUGCCUCAGUUCUUUUACUAGGAACCAUUGAAAACAAUUCCAAUGCCAGUGUGUAUAGGGGAGCUCCUGCCCCUGAACCCUUCAAAUGUUGUUUACGUCUUGGUGGUGGUCUUUAUUGACACCUCUCUAAUCUCUUCUUGGAAGAGUAAGCGCUUUAGAAAGGACUGUCUCCUUGACCUGCGUCUGUACUCUGCUGCGCAGGGUGACUGGGCUCGCUGGUCACUUCUCUAAUGCAGCCAGUUAAAAGAGAGCCAGAUGGGUCUGCCUCUAAGUGGGAUUCAGGCUUGGUCUAAGAAAUCCUCUUUCCUCCCCACCCUCCUCCCGUCAGGCCUCAAGCUACUUCGCAUCUGCUCUAAAGUUGCGAGAUGUUUCGUUGUCAGGUAUUGAGAAGGACACAGUUUUUGGGAGGUGACUUUCUUUUUUGUUGUUUUAAAAGACAUAAACAUUAAAAGCGAUAGACUUGCCUGGCCCUGCAUAUGCCAGGAGCAUUUCCAUGACUCGCAGCAGGUUUUUGGGGGGCACAGUGCUGUGGUUGGGACUGAGAUUUGCAAGUUCCCGAUCUUAGGUGUGCAUGUUACUCAUGAGCACUAAGCUGGUCGCUCCUUCCCCUGUUGCAGUUUACUCAUCUCCUUGUUCCUGGGCAGGAAAGGGAAACCAAUGGAAAGCAUUUCUCCAGCAGUCAUGGGGGAGAUGGGUGCUGUGUGUACUCUUCUGUCACAUCACCACCUCCAGAAUGCUCUGCUCUGCUCGACAGCGUUUCUGAAGGGAUCAGGGGGGUGUGAGCGUGUGUUUGGGGCUGCUGAGGUCCCCAGGAGCUGCCCUGGCUUCUCGCUUGGUGAGACCUGGUGGAAAGCAGAGCUGCUGCCCGUGAAAACCUAAGAGAUUCUGGCACUGUUGGCUGCUGUUGUGCCUUGGUACCAUCACUCCUAAAUUUACAGUACUUGAGCCUUCCGAGCUCACCAGAAUCACCCAGUGCUUUCCUGUUCCGGUACCUUUUCCUGUGUCUUGGUGAAGUUUGGUACCACCACGAAGCUCUGAUUGAGCCGGGUUGAGAGCUGGAAAGCACCAGAACCCAAAACUCACCAUGAGAGGUUUUUUUUUAGCACGAAAGCCUAGCUAAGCGUUUCUGCUUUCAGCCAUUGCCUUUUGAUAAGCGGUCAACGGAAUUCCCAGUAGUUCCUUUGUAGCUUACUGUAUGUUUUUCAUUAGACCUAGUUUGUGGAUAAUAUACUGUAGUUAACUUUCCUGAAAUUCUGUAACAGAGUAUGUUUUUGAUUAAAAAAGGUUAAAGAGUCAA